UGUUUCUUGGAUCGGAUAAAACACACACACACACACAUAUAUAUAUGAAAUUCAUUUCUUGUCGAUCCCUAGGACUCAUAAUAUUACUUGUCACAAAACCAUUUCAAAGGAUCGAGAAGCUAGAGAAAGAUGGGCACAGCUAUGACGAAAUUUUCUUCCGGAAAUGAAGAAAAGAAGGGCAAAGAAAUCGGUCCGAUAUUAGACGAUUGCUACGAUAAGCUUUUUCAAAAUUCCAGCCACAAGAAGUGGGAGUUAGCUGACUUCUACAGGGCAGUAUGCGAAACGGUCGAGCAAGUCAAUGUAAAACUUGGUUACACACAAAUUCGUGUACCAGAGGCUGGGAAACUCCGGCUCGCCUUUGACAAUCACCACCGAGCUGAAGGAAAGUUGACGAAGGAUGAGUUUCAACAGAUCUUCCGAGAAGUGGUUUUGGGCACAGGGUUUACUGGCAUUGGAAUAAAGGAUUCACUCUACAUCUUUGGUGUCCCAUUAACUGCAUUGAUGGUCAAGCAAGGAGUACUGCCACGGGCAAUUCCUAAUGAAAUUUUCAUCCCAGCCAUCACUUCUGUCACUGUCUUGAUUCUGGCAACACUUAACAAGUUAUGAAAUUAAGAUCAUAUUACAAUAUUGGAACUACUGGGUUUUCUUCAGUUGAUUUCAUAAUUUAUUGGCGCGCCCUGAGUACUGAUUGAAAUAUAUUACAUAAUGCCUCGCUGAGCAGCAUGAGCGAGGGUCUUAGUCGACUGUAAUACAUGAUAAUCUCUGCUAAGAAGUGCUUGUUAUAUUUACGAUCUCAUGGAUUGGAUA